CGUAAAAAUCGAGACACAUAAUGCGCGUGAUAAAAUUCAUCGGGUAGUCCCUCGAGCCCCUUCGGGUCUUACGUAAAGUUAACGACCAAACAAUAAACAACCGUAUCGCCGACGGCACGUGCGCGUUAAAUACGACGCGAUCAGCUGGCUGCGCGGCCCGAAAAUCGGAACUCCUCUGAAACCGGAAGCGCUUAGGACAGUAUUUUAUGACGUCGGUCACACACGUUACGUCGCGUUUUUUUUCACAACUUACAGGAUCCCAUGCUAUUCUAAUAAUAAUAUCGAUGACGCAGUUAGAGUGACGUAUCGCCCUCUCAUUGUUUAUUAUCGCGCUCACCCUUCGAGGAGAUUGCGCGACAGGUCGCUAUGAAUAAUGCAUCCAUUAAAUACCAGCGGACCACGCGAGAGGGUUCAUAAUCGAUGGGACACCCUCCGCAGAAAUCAGUGGCGAUUAAGACAUGGAUGGUGAUAGUCCGCCAUUGGCGUCCACCAAGAAGAGAAACAGUCCUCCGAUCAGCUGGGGCCUCGGCCUCGCCAACAGGGACUGCUUCAAGACGGUCAAAGUGAUUUUACUGGGCCAACCGGGCGUCGGCAAAUCGGCUUUAGCCGUGCGGUUCGCUACGAAACGCUUCAUAGGCGAGUACGACUGCUCGACGGACAGGAUCUACCGAGUCGACAAUCACCUGGGAUCCUCGUGGGAAAUAGCGGAUCCUCCCGGAUACCCGCCAGCCUCCACCGAACCGAAAUUGCGAUGGGCCGACGCGAUAGUUCUCGUUUAUUCGGUAACAGACCGGGUCAGUUUCGACGAGACUUCUCGUCUGAGAUUUUUGGUAUCGCACGCGAGAAGAGGCAGAAAGGUGCCACCGGUCGUGUUACUUGUGGGAAACAAGGCCGAUCUCUCCUGUUCUCCGGGUGAACGCAUGGUGUCCGCUCUAGAAGGCCAGAAAAGGGCAAAAGAAAUCGAGGCUCACGCUUUCCAUGAGAUUUCCGUAAGGGAAUCGGUGGAUCAGGUCACGGCCGUAUUCAUGAACAUACUAAGAUUGCUGACCGAAUUGCACAGCAGUCCAGGACAGCAGACAUCUUUCAGACUGAGAGCUUGUACAGAUGGGACCUUAAAUAGUCUUCGCCGACCGUCACCUCCUCCAUCAAGAAGAUUUAGUAUUUCCGCUCGUGGGAAUUUAUUGUAAUUCCUAGAUUUGUCUUGAGACUAAAAUAAUUUUAUUCCACUAGACAUCGAGAGAGAACACUAUAUAAAAA